AUGUCUGCCAUCCUGGAUGUGGAUGAACAGCUUCAGCUCUUGUCAUCAUUCCUGUGGCUGGAAAUGGUGUGGGACAACCCUUUCAUCAGAUGGGAUCCAGAGGACUGCGAGGGCAUCACGAAGAUCAGUGUGGCGACCAAGAACCUCUGGCUCCCAGACAUUUUCAUUGUUGAGUACAUGGAUUUAGAUAAGACCCCUAAAGGCCUGAUGGCAUAUAUAAGUAAUGAAGGUCGAGUCAGGUACAAGAAACCCAUGAAGGUGACCAGCAUCUGCAGCCUGGACAUCUUCUACUUCCCCUUCGACCAGCAGAACUGCACCCUCACCUUCAGCUCCUUCCUCUACACGGUGGAUCACAUGCUGCUGGGCCUGGCGAAGGACGUGUGGGAAAUGGAGAACACAUCCCAGGACAUCGUGCAGAUGCACAGCGAGUGGGCGUUGCUGGGCAUCCGCAAGGCCAGCCCCAAGAUGGUGAGGGUGGCCAUCAGGCGCAGGCCCAGCCUCUACGUCCUCAACCUCCUGGUGCCCAGCGGCUUCCUGGUGGCCAUCGACGCCCUCAGCUUCUACCUGCCGGCUGAAAACGAGAACCGCGCCCCGUUCAAGAUCACCCUGCUGCUGGGCUACAACGUCUUCCUGCUCAUGAUGAACGACCUGCUGCCCGCCAGCGGCACCCCCCUCAUCAGUGUGUACUUCGCCCUGUGUCUGGCCCUGAUGGUGGCCAGUCUGCUGGAGACCAUCUUCAUCACCUACCUGCUGCACGUGGCCACCACCCAGCCCCCACCCGUGCCCCCCUGGCUCCACACCCUGCUGCUCUGUGCCCCCCGUCCAGCCAACUGCUGCCCCACAUUGCCCUACAAGCCGGCCCAGGGCCCCCACCUGCCCCCCGCCCAGCAGCCUGGCCUGAAGGAGCCGGCAAAGCCGGUGGGGAGAGGAGCACCCAGUCCCCAGGAGACAGAGCUCAGGGGAAGCCCGGGCUCGGCAGGGACCCCUCAGGAAGACGGGGCACAGAAGCAGCACUUGGUGGAGCUGUGGGUACAGUUCAGUCACCUGAUGGAUACCCUGCUCUUCCGCCUCUACCUGCUCUUCCUGGCCACCUCCCUGCUCACCGUCAUUGUCCUCUGGAGCACCUAG